AUGCCGGGGAAAGUUGCCCUGAAUCCCCUUCCCCCAGGCACGAAACAGCCUGGUUUGGCUCAGUCGCUGUUGUACAGUGGUAGCAGGUUUCAGGGACACCAAAAAAGUAAAGGAAAUCGAUACGACGUUGAAGUUGUGUUGAAGGUAAACUUCGCGUGAUUGUUCGUGUCAUUUCCCGCCGGUUUGCAUUUGGCGGCCUUCUUGUCGUCUGAAAAAUUCUAUGCCUUAGUUCAAGAGUUUCCUUUCAAUUAUGUGGCUUUCUUUCAGCACGUAGAAGAAGAGAAAGGGUUUCUUUGUGGUUAUCUAAAAAUUAAAGGACUAACUGAUGUAAGUACUAUAAAGUAGAAUACAGAUUUCUAUGUUGUGCUUAGCUAUAAAAUUUGAACGUAAGCUGUACAAAGUACUCCCUUUAUGCCAAAGGUUUGCUAGCUUUGUGUCAGUUUCGAUACUUUUAUUUAACCUGUUUCCAAAUUUAUCCUCUCUGGAAGAUUUUUAGCGAAAAUACACAUGUUUAUAGUACAUACACUUCCUGUUGUAUAGUACUCCUGUCAAAAAAAUUUUGUACUGUUUAGUGAUGUGAGGAUUGUCGUGAACAACAACAGACGUCUGGAAAGAUUCUUCUUAUAAAUUAUAAAAGGAUCAUAUGGUCAUUAGUUUGUAUCUUUCUACGUUUUCUUAUAUAUCGCCUCGCUUCUCCUUUUUUACACUAAACUGAUUCUUGUCACUGCUUUGGUUUACUACAUUUAUUAAACCUGCCGUAAGUAAAAUCAAAGUACCUUUCACUAAAGGAGAGAUCCAUCCUUUUUGUCCGAAUGUUACUACAGCCUGUGAUCAUACCCGGGAGGUUACUUGGGUCACUUUUUGCUGGUCAUAUGCUCAGGGUUCGUACAUAGUCUUGAGUUCUUGAGAAAGCAUUCAAAUUUGCCCAGCAAUUUUUCAAACCUGGAAAAAAGUCUGGAGAAUGGAGACGAAGUCUGGAAAAAUGGUGAAAAGUCUUGAGUUUAUUUUCAUAGGUACAACAAGUGGUUUGUAAGGGAAAUUUUAUUUUGUUUUGGUCAAAUCUUAUCCAAUCUCGCCUGUACAUUUGCUGUGCAUCGUGAGAAAAGCUUUGUUUCUUUUUUUUUGAGGUCUGUAUUGAUAAGCUAUUUGAUAACCUUGAGUCUAGUCUGGAAAAAGUCUUGAAUUUUGGAUCCAAAAAUUUGUACAAACCCUGUAUGCUGCUGGCCAGACAGAACCCCUACCCCAUUAUAGCACCUUUUCUAUGUAGCCAAUUAUAGAUCCCAUCUUUGUCACUUUUGGGCAAAUUAUGUAAUUUUCGCAAUCCUAACGUUUUAUGCAUCUAUCUUAUCAGCCUUUAAACUAAGUCAUUCUGAAUUGAAAUGACACAUUUGUUAAACUUAAUAUAGUAAACAUCUUUUCAUUUUCAAAUCCCUACCUACCUGAAUUUUCUGACCCUCCAAAUCAUAAAAAUGUACAACGCCAUUUUAGAUAUUCUCUUGAAAACACAACCCCAUUGUAGUCAAACCGGUUGUGAAAUUAUGCGACCCCAUCCAGCAGCACAUCCCCAUUAGCCUAUUUCUAGGAAGUACCUCACUGGGGAUCAUACCCUCCCUUUAUCUCAAUGUCUUUUGUGAGAAGAAGGGUAAGAUACAUCCACUUUUACUAUGUCACGUGAAAAAAAGCCAGAAAUCAGGUCUCAGAAAAUUUUGUUCCAAUCUCAAGAUCUCACAAACUUGUUUAAUGAGUGUCAAAGUCCAGUUUUUGUGUGCUUCUUUCCAUUCCAGGGUCUUGAAAUUUCUCUCUCAGUCUCAGAUUUUAAACAAGGGUUGUGGCACGUAGGGAAGUCUCAGAUUUCCUCUUUCACCAGGCCCUCAAAUCUGCAUAUGACUGGUGGCUGAUUAUUUUCAACCAGAGGCUAAUCUCAUGCAGUUUAAUCACUUUUUUUUUUUUUUCGUUUCCUCAGGAAUAUCCUCAUUUAACAACUUUUUUUGAUGGAGAGAUCAUUGGAGAAAAACAUCCCUUUUUGACAAGAAAAUGGGUAAGAGAUAACUUUUGUAUGUCUGAGGAGCUCAUGAAAUGUAUUAAGUUUAGUUAUUUAAGCAAUAUACCACACUUUCUAUGGGUUUACCAGCGUGAUAACCCACGCGGGAUGUUGAGAGAACAUGAGAAAAGCUUGUAAAUCACGAGCCAAAGGCAAGUGAUUUAAACCCAUAGAAAGUGUGGUCUAUUGCUUUUAUAAAAUAACUUUAAGUAAAAGUGUGAGUUUACUAGCACAAUAAACCAUAGGUUUUUAACCAAUCAGAAUGCACAUACUAUCUUAGUUAUUUUAUAAAUGAUAAUGAACAGUCACUAAAAGUGAUACGUAAUCUCAAUAACACGAAGUUCUUACCUUGUCUUUUUUCCAUUGGUAUUGACCAUAAUUAAACUGCUUAUAUUUAAUACAGUUCUAUAUUAUUUUCUUAAACAAAAUUAUUUGUCUUUUGAUGAUAGUAGAUGUGCAAUCAUGUAUUUCAUGAUUUAUAUAUUUUAUUUUCAUCUCUAGGAUGCAGAUGAGGAAGUAGAUAGGAAACACUGGGUAAUAAACUGUUACUUAUUAAUUUUUGCAUUUAAUAAAUAGUUUAUCUGGUAGAUUAGUUACAGACAAUUCAAGUUAAUUUGGUCUCAGAGGAGUCUUGUUCUAAAUCUUAAGGUGCAAGUUACUUGUGCCAAACUCAUUGCUUCAUGUAAAAAUUAAAAUAUUUGGUGACCAUUUUAGUUUUAUGUAGAAAAAAAAUACUGGUAAUUGCCAAAUUGAUAAUUUUGGUUUCUUUACAAAUUUAUUUUGGAACUUUGAUUUGAAUGAUAUUUGUUCCUCUUAUUCAACCUUCUUGAGACUGUUCUUGUCUCAUAGAACUUGCUGAUAAAUAUUUUGCUGACAGAGAAGUAACUUUCUAAGUUGUCACCAUAUUUUAUUGUUGGUGACUUGACUGGUAAUGGUCUAAAUUAAGCCUCAAAUGAUUGGUUUAAAGGGACAGGUUCACGGAUAAGUGCAUGCUCAUUAAUUAAAUUACUUUUUCCCAAUUUAUUAUUCUUUCUGUCGGUGAAUAAUCCCACUCAUGUAUCUCAGCAAUCUCAGAAUGUAUUUCAGAGUAACCUGAAGUAGGAUGGAGGAGUACUAAAAUCACAGAAAAAAUUAGUGAAUUAUGCCCACCCUACCAACGUUGAAUUUAUUGUUGGCCCGAAGGUUUUAUUCCAUGGUUGAUUACUUUACAGCUAUUUGCACAUAAGUUGAUCAAGUGACUGCCAGGGGAGUGUGCAGAUUGGUUCUUUGACAACAUCAUGACAUGAUCAUAUUGCUUGCAUAGACGAUACAGCAUGCCCCGGCAGAAAAACAGCAUUUUGAUAAAUGAGCAUGUGCUGAACCGGGAACCUGUCCCUUUAAUAUAGGCUGCCUCAACUUGUAUUAUUAUUUGUGGUAUGGUGGUAUCAUUAUCUUAUUAGCUUAGCUUUUAUUUUUCUUACUUGAUUGAGAAAGCAAGAACUUAUAUUAAUAUCUUUUUUUCAUUCUUUCAAAACAGGGAAAGUUCCUGGCAUUUUACCAAUUUGCAAAAAAUUUUAACUCGGAUAAUUUUGAAUACAGUCAGCUGGACAACUUAGACUUCGUUUUUAUGAGAUGGAAGGUAAAUAUUUAGGGAUACGGAUGCAUUAGUUGUGAAACAUUGUAGUUAAUACAGACAUCAAGAUGUCUCAUAGAUCAGCCGACCUUUGUAAUGUACAGUUGCAAUUGCAAGUUGAGCAUCAAAAUAACAGUUUCAUUUAAAAAAAAAAAAAAUCAUUAUUAUUGGGCUGCCUGUGUGGACAAAGGCCAAUGUACCCCAUUAUGGAGGUCUUGUUUACAAUUUUAUUUGAAGGUAUUAUUUUCUAACUUUACUUAUUGUGAAACCAAGAAAACUGUUAACACCAGAAAUAUUUAGAACUGGAAUGCUAUUGUCUCAUUAGGAAAAAGCCAAUCAGAUGGAAAAAAAAAACUCUGCAAGCACAUACCUGUAGUUUGUGGUUUUGUGCCUUGCUCACCUGUCCUGAUCUUUGUUGUGUUUGGUCACAACACAAAAAACAUUGCAACUAGAAGUAUACGAGUACAUACAUAUAUCACCAAAACCUAGUCUAUGCAAUUUUAUUAGAGAAAAGGUAAAGUGUAAUGCCUAUAAGUUAAAGGUUAAUCAUGUCAUGUUUUCAGUUUGGCCUUUAGACUGGUGAUAAUGUGGUUGCUUGAGUGAAUCUGAACUCCAGUCUUUGUCUUUUUGUGUCUUGAGUGGUUUGGGGUUGGAUUUAAAGUGAUAUCUUGGAGUUUGACUUCUAAGGGCUUCUGCUUCUUGUACCAUGUAUGUAUAUGUAUAAGCCCUAAAUUUAAUUCAACAUUUUAAUAUUUUCCCAUAAAUCAAAAUAGGUGAGCUGAUCUUGCAGUGCUAUCGUGUAUGAAUAUUUGCUGAGAAAAGUAAAUGGCUGAUAAUUUUAAUUUUUACAUAAUCCAAUAUUACUCUCUUUGCCAAUUCUCCACUUUCUUCUAUGUACAGGAACAUUUCCUUGUUCCAGAUCACACUAUCACAGAUAUAAAUGGGGCAUCAUUUGCUGGUUUUUACUACGUGUGCCUUCAAAAGUCCGCAGCCACAAUUGAAGGGUAUUAUUAUCAUCGGAGUUCAGAAUGGUAGGUUUUUAUAUUUUUUAUUAAGUUUGUUUUAAAACAUCAGUGAAAGUCAAGAAAGUGACUAAAACAGUGGACUUUAUCAAUAGCUCUCAGACAUUGGUAUGUUUUCAUAUUCAUCACAAGAAUUCUUCCCUUUUUUUAAUGCAUGAUCUGGAAAAAAUUAAAAACCUUAACAGGGAUAGAAGAAAACUUGAAUUCCAGCUUGUCCUUUGGGCAAGCAGCUCACACAUUUUGCUUUCCCAGGGCCACUUCUUGCUCGUCUUAGGGGCUGUACACACUUGGUGUUCGGAGACCAGUGCCUGAGUACCAACACAAACUGGUGUUGCGUUCACACCUUGAGCACCCGAUAUGCAACUGUGUGCAUAGUUACUCCAUUUCUCCCUGUCAGAUGCCAUUUUGAAACAUGAGCUUAGAAGCGAGUGCAAAGCAGUAGCACACACAGACCUGGUGCCCACUUUGGAACCUCAAACUCGGACACUGGCACCAUUCCCGAAUUCUAGCUUGGGUACUUGAAAAAAGGGUGUGUUCACAUUAGUGCCCAGCGAGUAUUGUACACGGGCACCAUGCUCAGGCACCAAGUGUGAACGCUACGUAAGUAAAUGAUUUUGAUAAAGGAUGGCUUGCCUGUACCCUAGCCCAUUGGGCAAGUAAGCUUUAAGGCUCUACCUGUUGUGGACCACUGGGCAGGACUUUUUCUGAGCCCUAUCUUAAUUUAAGGUUCCUCAGCUUUGGAAAUAUUAUGCAAACCUUUGCAAAUUUCUAAAACUACCCCCAAAAAAUUUGGAAAUUUGUUGCAUAAGAUGCUGGUUGCCCUUUUAUGCAACACUAUGACUCUCAUGGAACCCCCACAUAAUUUUUUACACUUUAUCAGAAGGCCUGUAUUACUUACUUGAAGUUUCAAUGAAAUAAAGCUGUUUUGGCCGAGAGUUAUGGUCUAUGACAGUAUAGACCAUGAUAAUGAUGGCACAAUUUGUUUUUCUCUCAGAAGAUGUCAAUGCUAUAAUAACUGUAAAAAACAAAAGGGGGGGGGGUUAACCUUAGGUUGGAAGGGCAAUAGGUGGCCAAUAGCUUACAAAAGCGGAUUAGCCUAAAAAAAGUCUUUAAAUAUGAGAAUGACUUUUCAGACAACUUAACUCCCAAAAACUUCCUUAGGAGGGUGAGGCCAUGUCCCUCACCUCACUUCCCCCCUCCCCCAGGAAAGUGUGCCUCUGGUAUAUAUUUGUUGCCUUACCGGUCAGGAAUGGUCCCCUACCUGCUGAGCUAAAAUUUAAGGAGAACACUGCAAGCUACUCAAAAAUUCAAGUGUAAAUAAAGUUUAUGUAUGUAUGUUUGUAAAAGUAUUAAUAUAUUGUUAAAUACAAUAAUCCUUCUGCGAUGGCAUGGAUGCCUGUUUCUUUUCAUUGGUGUACAAAUUAAGGAGAUUCAACUGAAGCAUAAUCCUUGUUUUUCUUUUUUUCUCUCUUUCUUUCUCUCUGUUAGGUUUCAAUCAUUAAAUCUUGUACAUGUCCCAGAUCACAGUCAACCCAUUUAUGAAUUCAGAUGAUACCAAUCAAGAUUUCCAUCACAUUCUUCUAUCAUUCAUUUGAGAUUCUCCCUAUAUUUGAGCUUUGCAUAUAGUUAAAAAACUUGUGUAAACCAGGAAGAUUAAGCAAAAAGAUUUUAUCCUUGAGAUGUUGAUAGCUGAUAGCUUAGCCCUAGGCUAGUGAUGUAGUAACUUGAUACAAAACACAGAGAAGAGUUUGAUUUGAUCUAGAUCACCUUCUCUCCUCGGAAGGAAAAAAGCUGUCUGUUUUAUGUUAUUUUAUGGCAGACAAGUCAUUGAGAUCAGUUUUUAUUAAAAAAGGGACAAGAGUAUGUAAUAUCGAAAUAAGAGCCUUCAAGAUGUUCAGUCUCUCUUUCAUCAUUUUAUUUUGCCAUUCAAGGCCUAUGUACCCUGUUUAAGUAUUGGCCACAUGAAAAGAUGAAUAAAAAUAUUACGUUUACAUCUAUCAA